UGUCAGUUUAUGUUAUAGUUUGAGUAUUUUCUAGCAAACUUAUAUUGAUUAGGCAGCGAAUAUUGCAUUACUGAACUAGAAUAUAGGAUUAAUCGGUUAAGCAAAGUAAAUCAAUGAAUCAAACAAUUCAUUAAAAUCACGUGACGUCCAAAAUGGAGAACGGAUGCGGCAAAGCAAAAAUUGGACCUUCUAUUUUAAAUUCCGAUUUAUCAGACCUCACGUCGGAAUGUCAACGCAUGAUGGACAGCGGUGCGGAUUAUUUGCACCUUGAUGUAAUGGAUGGGCAGUUUGUUCCCAAUUUAACGUUCGGUCAUCCGGUUGUAAAAUGUCUCCGUCCUAAACUACCCAAUGUGUUCUUGGACAUGCACAUGAUGGUAGCAAAGCCCGAACAGUGGAUUGAAGGUAUGCAUGAUGCGGGAGCUGACCAGUACACAUUUCAUUUUGAAGCCACUGAUGACCCAAAGACUUGUAUCAGGAAGAUCAAAGAAACAGGCAUGAAGGCUGGCAUAGGGAUUAAACCUAAUACCCCAGUAGAAGUUCUGGACCCAUUUGUUGACCUGGUGGACAUGGUCCUGAUCAUGACUGUGGAGCCAGGAUUUGGAGGACAGAAGUUUAUGGCUGACAUGAUGCCUAAGGUGCGCUAUUUACGGGAGCACUUCAGCACUGUGGACAUAGAGGUGGAUGGAGGUGUGGGCCCAGCAACUAUACAGGAAUGUGCCGAGGCGGGUGCCAACAUGAUUGUGUCCGGUAACGCCAUAAUGAAGAGUGACAACCCUCGGGAGACAAUACAGUACUUAAGGAAUGUUGUUGAAGAAGCUAUACAGAAAUCCCAGCUGGAGAGAUAACGCCAGACAAUUACAAAUUAUACAUUGCUGAUCUAACAUUUUUGUGCUUCUAACACUGUAAGAAACUGUAAUUAAUCAGAAUAAUUUGUCCACAUGAUCACACAUCUUUUUUUAUAUGAAUUAGCAUUAAACUCUCCUCAUAAUUUGAAAAAGAAACAUUACUGUUUUUAUUUUACUAAUUUGUUCUUUUCAAGUUGAUAUUACAAUCAACGUAUGGGGAUUUCAAUAUGGACUGUAAACUAUAAUAAAUAAUGGCAGUUCAGGCGUCUUGAUGAAUCUCAAUAUGAAAAGACACAUGCACAAUUUAUAACUUUUUGUACAGUAAUAUUGUUGUUUGAAUAUUUCUUUUUUAAUUGUAUACAUGUGUCAAGCAUGAACAAUGUUUGAAAAAUAAAAAUUGACUAGUUUUAUGUUUAA